GAAAAAAAGAAAGGAGUAGCAUACCUUUCUUUUGGACACAUCAGCAGUUCAUAUUCAGUGUGAUCUGCCAAGUGAAAAGACUAGAACAACUAGCAAAAUGGCUCAUGAUGGAAUGUCAAGAGAAGAAUAUGAAGAAUAUCAGAAGCAGAUGGUGGAGGAAAAGAUGGAAAGAGAUGCAGAAUUUGCCACAAGAAAGGCAGAAAGGGCUUGUUUGAGGACUUGUUUAAGAGAAAAAUAUCGAAUUCCAAAGAGUGAACAGGAUGAAAUCAUGAUUCAGCAGGCCGGAGACGACAUUGAUGUGCCAGAAGAACUGAUCAAGAUGGUGGACGGAGAAGAGCCCCAGGAGGAGGAAAAGGAGUCCAUCAUGGGUCAAAUGCAGAACCUUCAGAACAUGGAUAUGGAGCAGCUCAAAGAAAAGGCUCAAGCCACAUUUGUAGAGAUGAAAUCCAAGGCUGAGGAGAAGUGCACGGUCAUGUAA